CUGGGACCCAUUCAUGGGGAGCGAGGCGUGGGAAACCCGCGCGCUUGGCCGGCGCUGAGCUUGGGAGCCCGCUUUCCGCGCGUGGGUCGCUUUUCCCCCUGAUCCCUUCCCGAGUGGAGCCUCGCUUUUGUCGCGGAUAUAGCCUGUGGCGGUCCCUCCGGCCCUCGCUCGCCUUUAAUCCCGAAUCCCGGACUCCGCCGGGCCCCACGGAGGCGCUUUCCGCGCGCGAAGAUGAUCUCGAGCUUUGGUAGCGGCUGAUCCGCGAGAGGAAACAUUCCUCCAACAGAUCCCAGGUCCCAGCCUUGAAAGUUUCUUGGAUUUUUGCUUCGCCCACGCGAGGACCCACGUCUCGGGUGGGUUAUUUGGGAAUUGAGUGUGUUUUUCUCCUCCUCCUUCUCCCCAAUGUUUGGGAUUCAAGACACGUUAGGAAGAGGCCCCAUCCUGAAAGACAAAGUCUUGGGGUCGGAGAUGGAUCCCGUCCGCUCGUGGGUCCGGAACGUCGGCGUCGUGGAUGCCGGCGUGGCGGCUCAAAGCGGCGUGGCCUUGUCGCGAGCCCACUUCGAGAAGCAGCCGCCCUCCAACUUGAGGAAGUCCAACUUCUUCCACUUCGUCCUCGCCUUAUACGACAGGCAGGGCCAGCCCGUGGAGAUCGAGCGGACGGCCUUCGUGGACUUCGUGGAAAACGACAAAGAACAAGGCAACGAAAAAACCAAUAAUGGGACCCACUAUAAGUUGCAGCUUCUCUAUAGCAAUGGUGUAAGAACUGAACAAGAUCUCUUCGUGAGGCUCAUUGACUCAGUCACGAAACAGCCGAUCGCCUAUGAAGGACAAAACAAGAACCCUGAAAUGUGUAGAGUACUGCUCACUCAUGAGGUUAUGUGCAGUCGUUGCUGUGAAAAGAAAAGCUGUGGGAACCGCAAUGAAACUCCUUCGGAUCCUGUGAUCAUCGACAGAUUCUUCUUAAAAUUUUUCCUCAAGUGCAAUCAGAAUUGUUUGAAAACGGCUGGGAACCCUCGAGAUAUGCGACGGUUCCAGGUUGUAUUGUCAACAACAGUGAAUGUCGAUGGGCACGUACUGGCAGUAUCUGACAAUAUGUUUGUUCACAACAACUCAAAACAUGGGCGGAGGGCGAGGAGGCUUGACCCUUCUGAAGCAACACCCUGCAUCAAGGCCAUCAGUCCAAGUGAAGGCUGGACCACAGGUGGAGCCAUGGUGAUCAUUAUAGGAGACAACUUCUUUGAUGGGCUACAAGUUGUAUUUGGGACCAUGUUGGUAUGGAGUGAGUUGAUAACUCCACAUGCCAUCCGUGUCCAGACACCUCCUCGACACAUCCCCGGCGUGGUUGAAGUCACAUUAUCAUACAAAUCCAAACAAUUUUGCAAAGGAGCUCCUGGUAGAUUUAUUUAUACAGCUUUAAAUGAGCCAACCAUAGAUUAUGGGUUCCAAAGACUCCAAAAAGUUAUCCCAAGACAUCCUGGUGACCCAGAAAGGCUAGCCAAGGAGAUGCUAUUGAAACGAGCAGCUGACCUAGUUGAAGCACUGUAUGGGACACCACAUAAUAAUCAGGAUAUAAUUCUGAAGAGAGCUGCCGAUAUCGCAGAAGCCCUCUACAGCGUCCCAAGGAAUCCUGGCCAAAUCCCGGCGUUGUCUAGCUCUCCAGCUCACAGUAGUAUGAUGGGCAUUAACUCUUAUGGCAGCCAGUUAGGAGUCAGCAUCUCAGAAUCAACACAAGGGAACAAUCAAGGUUACAUCCGCAACACAAGCAGCAUCUCCCCCCGAGGUUACUCUUCCAGCUCGACCCCUCAGCAGUCUAAUUACAGCACCUCCAGUAACAGCAUGAACGGCUACAGCAACGUCCCCAUGUCUAACCUGGGUGUGCCUGGCUCGCCUGGAUUCAUUAACGGCUCUCCCACAGGAUCUCCCUAUGGCUUGAUGUCUUCAAGUCCGACCAUUGGCUCAUCCAGUGCUUCCUCCAUCCUUCCAUUCUCCUCUUCUGUCUUUCCUGCGGUCAAACAAAAGAGUGCCUUUGCCCCCGUCAUCCGACCCCAAGGGUCUCCUUCCCCAGCUUGCUCCACUGGCAAUGGAAAUGGGUUUAGAGCUAUGACUGGUCUUGUUGUCCCUCCAAUGUAAAAGAAGAGGAACUGCUGGAGCCUCUUCCCCUCCUUUUCUUUCCUUAUUUUUUUUACAGCAGAAAAACAAAACAAAAACAAACUACUUGUUGUUAUGGAGCACUAAAAAGGAGGGGUGAAAACCCAACAAAGCACUACUUGCUGUAUGUCUGGUGGAAGCCAUGUGCAGAAGGACAAGGAGAACAUUUGAUGGAUUGGGCACGCUAGGAGGCUUCCUUCGCCUGUUCCAGGUUCAUCCACACUUUACAUCGACAUCCAAGAACAUAAAAAGCAGAAACUGGCUACGAUACCUGUGUAUGCACUGUCUAAUCUAUAAGAAUGAGUACAAGUUUCUUACGUUUUUAAGAUACUCAAGGGAGGAACAUUUAUAAGACACUCAACGGAGGAACACAUUGGCCAACCAUUCAAGCUUGAUAUUUUCGAUACUCUUUGUUUUACUUUGUAAAGGGGGGAAAAAAGUUGAAGUUCUAUUUUCUAUGGAGCCUUUCAGAUACCAAUUUAGUUUAUGCAGAAAAAAAAAAGAAAUAAAUCAUAAAACAGGGUACCAGCACGGAAGACUUUCUUAUAAAACUGAGACGAAUGGUGGAACAUGGAUGUAUGUGUGUAUUUGCUUAUAGUUUAAUCUCUUUUAAAAUGGGAAAAAAUGUAAGAUGUUUUACAAUUAUUUAAAUAAAUAAACUUGUAAGUUAUUGUAUGUAGAGGUAGAAAUGGAAGACUUUGGGGGAGGAGACUUUUUCUUCCGUCUCCUGUUGUACAAUGAACAGCAAAAAGGACACAAAAAUGAUGCAAAAAUGCAGCAACGAGCUCUUAAAGCUACAAUCCUGUCUUCACUUCUCUCCUGCUCCUUAUUGAACCAUGUACAAGAAUGUCUUAAAUUGUUCAUGAAGGACUCAUCCACAAGCUUUUAUACACAUAAUGGUAUAUAUACAUAUAUAUAUAUAAAUAUAGGACAGUAGUUAAUGUAUGAAUAUUAUACACUUUUUCAUCUUUUGAUUCAAUUUAAGGUAUCAGGUACGGAUGUAAGCUGUCGGGUUUCAUACAUCCUAUUGGUAACUAUGUGACAUGUAUGAGAUUUUUUAAUCAGGUUUUUUUUUGUGUGAUACUGUCAUUACUAUUCAGGUUGCAAUUUGAGCAAGAGGAAAUGGGGAAAGAGUCUCCAGUCAGUUGGUUUUUUUAUAUAGCAAACACAAAAUCUGCAUAGGCUGUAAAGAGUUUUGGUGCUCACAUACAAACACUGACAGUUCCAGAUUAACUAAUGACCAAUACUGGUUUGGAAGAUGACAGUCAGUAAUCCCUGCUGCAAUCCUGCAUAGCUCAUUGCAGCCUAGCGAUUUCUCAUAUGGAACUACACUACAAUGGGCUUCUUACUAUUUCCAGGAUCUGUCAUAGAGCCACUGAUACUCCCUAUCCAUGGUCAUUCUGGAUAAUGUGGGUGAAUCCCGUCAUCUACCAAAGACUUCCAGAAGGUCUCAUCCAAUGAAAUGAUCAUUUGAAGUCUAACUACAGCAGUGGUUCCCAACCUUUGGGCCUCCAGGUAUUUUGGACUUCAACUCCCAGAAAUCCCAGCUAUCUCACCAACUCUUAGGAACUAUGGGAGCUGAAGUCCAAAACAUCUGGAGGCCCAAAGGUUGGGAACCACUAAACUACACAGACGCAGCCAAAUACUUUGGUCACCCUUCCUUGCUCUCCUCCUGCCAAAAGUGGCCAAGAGUAAGAGUCUUUGGUGACUCUAAAGCAUGCUUGGAAGGAAGUACAGUAGAGUCUCACUUAUCCAACAUGAGGGAUUAAGGAAAAGCCUAUUCAACAUCAAAUUAGGUUAAAAAGGUAAAGGUUUUCCACUGACGUUAAGUCCAGUCGUGACCGACUCUGGGGUUUGGUGCUCAUCUCCAUUUCUAAGCUGAAGAGCCGGCGUUGUCCGUAGACACCUCCAAGGUCAUGUGGCUGGCAUGACUGCAUGGAGCGCCCUUACCUUCCCGCCGGAGUUGUACCUAUUGAUCUAUUCACUUUUUUGCAUGUUUUUAAACUGCUAGGUUGGCAGGAGCUGGGGCAACAGCGGGCGCUUAUUCCGCUCCUGGGAUUUGAACCUGGGACCUUUUGGUCCGCAAGUUCAGCAGCUCAGCGCUUUAACACACUGUGCCACCAGAGGUUAUGAUUUUACAAAUUAAGCACCAAAACAUCAUGUUAUACAACAAAUUUGACAGAAAAAGUAGUUCAAUACACAGUAAUGUUAUGUUGUAAUUACUGUAUUUACAAAUUUAGCACCAAAAUAUUAUGAUGUAUUGAAAACAUUGACUACAAAAAUGCCUUGGAUAAUCCAGAACCUUGGAUUAGCAAGUCUUGGAUAAGUGAAACUCUACUGUACCAACUUCUUCAAUGAUCAAAAAUGUACAUAUUAUGGAGAUAUACAGUCAACUUACACAUAUACAUACCACUAACAAGAUGAUAGCCACUAUGUCCUACUUGGGUUGAGGGUUGGAGCAUUGUUAAAAGGUAGUUCUGGUUUUGUCCAUGUUCAUAAUUGAUUGUUGACAGUCAUUACAUUUCAGAAACCAUGCAGGAGCAGCAAUAAAUAAAACCUCUGUCCAGAAUUAGAAUUAGAAUAUUCACUUGGCUCCCUGGUGAACCAAUAAUUUCCAGGGCUUUGACACAAUACUUUUGGGAUUUAGAAUCAAAAGGUCUGGAUUGUAAAAAUCUGUUUGGAUGGAAGAACAUGUACAUGCAAAGAACACAUGUUAUGAGACCUAUUGAAAGAAAUCAGCCCCAAUUUGGGGCAACUAUCCCUAGAUAUUCAGAAAGAAUGUCAUGAAUGUGCUGAUCUUUACUUUCCCCCGUCACUGGUAAGAGCUAUUGGAAGUUGGUAUCUUCUCUAAAACCUUUUUUUAAAAGCCUUCUGCUGCUGUCAUUGUAACUGUCUCUAUUGGAGUCCCGUAUGUUGAUAAUAUGCCUAUAAAAUCUAUUGAACACUUAAUGGCUUUUUACAAUAUACUAUUUAUAUAUGUACCCGUAUUUUAAGGUGAAACCCAAACUUCUGUGUACCCAGUAAGGGUAACUGUGUUUUUCAGGGGAAUAAAACAGUAGUGUUUUCCCAUGACAA